AGACCAAUUUCCCCGCCUGAUCCAGGUGAGUUAUCAUCAAUCAAUUACCGUGCAGACGUGCACGGCAACAGAGAAGACAAUUUACAUAACUGUUACGCACAGCGAUCUGCAUUCUCACCCGUAAGUGGGAACUCAGGAGACUGACAACUUAUGGCCUGCCUAUUAAGCUAUUACGUUAGGGCUGUUUCAUGUUAUUGCCAUUUUCAGGGCAGAAACCUCCAAAUCAACCAAUCAGCACCUGUUAUAGACGAAUAUAGUUCAGUGAGAAAAAAUGAGUGCUUUUUUCCAUUUUUUUCCUGGCAUUUCUUGUGUGUUGCUAGGGUUAAUUUUGGUAUCAACUAGCAGAGUAGGGUGUUAACUACUGCCAGUUUUUUUUUCAGGACCAGGCACAGGUGCAGUGCAGUCGUGAGACCUCUGGCGGAAGGGUCUACUGACUGUGAGUGGUGCAGUGGUUUGUUUACAAACAGAGGGGUGCACAUGUUCAAGUGAUGCCGACAAAUCUCAACCGUCAGGAAAUAAGAAUGGAAUCCUUUUGUGUGGACCAAGAAAUCGAGACAAGCCGGUUCUGGCAUGAUUUGCAGCAGGGACUGAGUUUUUGCAAUUUGCCGGAAACUGAAGAUAGAACUCAGAAUCCGCGACCUAAUCCCACAGUUGAAGAGAUCACGAUGGUGGUACUGGGGGAACCUCUCACCUGUCUGAACCUGUGUUUAGAGGGUGGGAAGCAGUGUCCUGGUGGUAUGUUACUGGUACCCUCUUUAACAUGGCUUCAGAAAGAACCAACCAAUGAAAGAGAUCUGCAAACCUUACGAGUACGCAAGGCUGUCACAUUUGACUCUUGUGGUCGAACAUUUUUGGACAUCUUCACCCCGCCUCGUCGUGUCAAUUACUUUAUGAACCUUGUCACAGGGAACGAGAAAGCGGAUGCACGCUCGCCCAGUAAUAACUUUUUAAACUUCGAGAGGGAUUUAGAAUGUCCAGUUGGAGUCACAGAAGAGAUGGUGAAACGUUUGGAUGAUCGAAUUCUCACGCGUAUUCUGGUGGCGGACGCUGGCGUUGCCUAUCCCGACACGCUCGCAUUCCCGUUCAGACCAAAGAUUUCCUACAACUUGGGAGACCAUGAUAUUUCGGUGGUCCCUGUAAGAAAUAAGGAGGACGGAAAAGAGAAUAUCAGGAGUCAGCUGGGCGUGUUUCUUAAGCGUCUGUUGAAGAAGGGCAUUGAGAAGGUAGUCGUCAAGGUGCCUGGCUCUGCAUCACCAGGUGUGUCCUACCAUUCUGCCCAUGACCAAGCUGGCGUCUACAGCGCCAUGUGUCAAGGUCUAGAUGUCCUAGAAGAGGGGGAGAGCAUCAUUGUGGAGGCAUUUUGUGAGACCCUUAAACUACUACCUGUCCCUCAUCUUGACUACGAGGAACAGGCAGUUGGCAUGAAGACCCAAGCAUUGUCUUGCACAAUCCGAGCUGUCGUCUGCUGCACUCCCAACGGGAAUCAACUGGUUUCGGACAUCGUCUGCGGCGUUGGUCACGCGGACAAACCGCUAGACGGAGGCAAUACGCUACCACUGUCACUAGAGGGCUUUCUCAGCCAAUGGGGGUUUCAAGAAAGAUCCGAAAUUGAAAAGAUACGCUCCAUGAUCAAGGCAAAGGCGGAAGUAAUAUUAGAAAACUGGAUGAGGUACGAAAGCAAAUUGAAGAAGGAAGAAAUCGGGGGAUCGUUGAUGAGAACAAACGUACUAGGUGUCAAUUUUGUCCUGACCCAUCAAGAAGACGGCAGUUAUGACGCCGUGGCUGUAAGUAUCAGUAACAGCAGGAAAACCAUCGCGAACUCGCAGAUCCACGAGUUUCAAAACCUCUCAAAGCUUGGAAGCAGCGUGCGACCCCUGGUGGCAACCAUGGUCAACUGCAGUCAGCGGUUCCUUCUUCAAGGAAAGCAUAUUCUACUUAUAGGCGCGGGAGAAGAAUUUGUUUGGGAAGCUGUGAGGGAAUACAAUGUCAAAAUAACCUUGGUUGAUGGGGAUCCCAACAAUAAGGCAGAUAAAUGCGUCCACAAGUUCAUUCAGUGCGUAAUAGGAGAUCGCAACAACGAGGAUAUCAAUGCAGAGAAAAUUGUCCAGUUAGUACGCACACAUGAUCUAGCCAUAGACGGCUGCAUGACCGUGGUGGACGAUUACGUUCCUUUGACGUCAUUGGUGUGCAAGGCACUGCGCAUGAUCGGAAGUACACCCGAAGCUGCAAGAAAGUCCAAGAAGAAAAGUCUCAGUCAAAAAUCUUUAGAACAAUCAAGAGUUAAUGUGCCUUUUUUGCCCAAUCCGUCUCUGUUUGCUGUCAAGACGCACGGAAUUAGUCAACCAGAAGAUGUGACUGGAUCGUCAAACCAUAUCCAGUAUCCAGCCCUAUUGAAGCCCGAGUUCGGGGCAUGUUCCUAUGGAGUCAACUUAGUCAAAGAUGAGGCAGAAUGCAUGAAAUAUUUAGUUAACACCAAGAACAGCGAAAAAAUGACAAACGACCCACCUUUUGGGAAGAACCACGGGAGCGCAAUGCACUUAACCGAAUAUGCACAGGGAACAAAACACGGAGUUGAGAUCGUCGUGUACAGAGGGAAACUUUUAGCCGCGUUCGUCUCAGAUUGUGGUCCAACCCGCAUCCCGCAGUUUUUUGAGACCUCAACUUGUAUGCCGUCGUGUUUAAACCCUGAGAGGCAGAGGCACCUGAUAACAGCAGCCUUACAAUGUAUUAGCGGCGUGGGUCACACGGACGGAGUAUUCAACGUCGAGUUUAAAAUGACACCCACGGGUCCCAAACUGAUCGAGAUCAACGGACGAAUGUGUGCCUGGUUUUACAGGAACUGGGUGCGCACCGUGUACGAAACGGACAUCCUUUUCCUUAAUUUUCUGAUCGUUUGUGGGAUCCAACCAAACAUCCAGCCAUUUGAACCAACUUGUCAGUUCAUGGCGAUUUUAUGCUCUCCUGCAGCCCACUCUAAGGCGUUGUCGCGACCGGGAAUUGCCACACCGGAGAUCCUCGCAGAGGCACACGAGCGAGGCGAGAUAAUUUACUAUGAAAUGGAACCCCUGAAGGAAGAGAACACGGACAAUGAGUGCGGCUUUUGUGCGAUAUCUGUAAAGGAGAAAUCCGUAAGUGAGGCAAAAAAGCAGCUGUUGGCUGUAUGCAGGAAAUAUGGUGUUGACACCCAAGAGCACCCUGCAGAGUACGUUCUGUCUACGUUCGUACAAUCGCCGUCUUAUUAAUGGAAAUGGUACCUUAAUUUUGAAGAUUAUGAAGGAAAUGUCAAUGUUGAGGGAAAAAUGUGUCGAACCUGAGAUACGCCAAUAAUGUAGUCCUUUUUGCACGCUUUGUGUUUAAACCACAAGAAUCGGUCGACAGGAUGAGAACAGAAAGCGAGAAAGUUGAUCUUUUUCUAAACGCUUUAGAAAAAAAUCAAAAAGUGAUGAAAAUACAGAGAGACUGAGGAAAACGAUGGGAGCAGCCAUAUCCUGAUCAAUACUGAAAAAGCAGAAAAUGUGAAACAAUUAAUCUAUCUUGGUGCAAUAUUCACUGACCAUUACGAUGACACUCUGGAAAACAUAUCUCUUAACACAAAGAAGAGAAUGCUCAGCUUUCAGAUUUUUCUAUUGCUUCACAUGGCGCGGAAUGUUGGUUUGUGAAAAACUCAGACAUGAAGAAAUAAGACAUUUUGAAUUAUGGUGCUAUUGGCGUGGUCUUAUUAUGGGAACAACAUACAGAGGCGGUCUGACGGAGGUCUGUGGGUCCAUGCUUUAAGCAGACAGAAUGAUCACAAUCGUGACCGGUGGAGAGUUUUUGCGAGGGGGGUGGGGGAGGCUUUCUAGCUUUGAGUGCAUGUGUACAAAAAAUGUACUAAGUGAACUUAACUUUUUCUACCAGGGCAAAUAAGGUCUUCAGAAGAGCAUAUUUUCAAAUCUUAUGUUAGAUUUGAUCGAAACGUUUUUUACCAUAAAUACUGUUCUAUAUAUAUUACAUGUAUCAAGCCAGAUGUUUUUAACACCAAGGCCUGUCUGAAUACUCUCCAUAAGAUGUACGUGGACAUAUACACCCUGCAGGUGUAUUUUAUAUUCAGCGUCAACGCUGAAAGUCAUUUAUUGUGUCUGGAUAUAGUAACCAAUGGUUACAGUUACUAAAAAUCCGUAUAUAUGACUAUAUAUAUAGUAAACAUAGGGUUACAGUUACUGCAAAUCCGUAUUCGUGACUAAUUUUAAACGCACAUACAUGUAGUAUUGAUGCAGAAUAUAUUAAAUUUAUUUAAAUUUUAGCUAUAACAGAAUAAUGGUCUUUACUAAUGAAAAAAUUCUGAACGGUACACGUUAGUGUUUAGAUAAAGAUUUAAAGUAGAAAUCCACUUACAGCUUAGUACAUGUAUAUAUACUUACUUGAUAUUUGCUUUUUUGUACUCAAAUUUCAUAUCAUGACUUUAAUGCACAUGCAGAGCACUUUCGUGUUGUCAUCAUUGAAAAUAUCGUACAUUUUAAAAGCAAAUGUGAAUGGACAUCAUAUAAUAAAAAAUAAACAAAUAGUUAUAUACAAUGUCCAUCUAGCCUGACAUGGAUCAAAAGGGUAUGUAACCUUCAAAGGAGACACACUACAUUGAGUUGAAGUAAUGACAGCAUUUACGCGACAAUUUGUGCAUUUUUCGAGGGAAUUCUGUGU